AUGAUAUCUCAUUGGUCCCUUCUUGUUCACAAAAUCGAGUGGAACGGCAAUGCUGGUGGAACCGCAGAAGGUCAGUUUCUUGGUUGGAAUCAUUCGAUGUUCAAGUUUCUGGGAGCUGUUGCAGCUGAUCUAACGCGUUUGGGCGCUCCGUCGGUUAAGCCACAUCAGGAGCACGGAACUGCUCUCAAAUCUUUGGAGACGACAAUGUUUUCGGAACGUCGACCAAAUAAAGCGGCUUUUACUAAACAAACCUGUAGGACAAAGCAGGACGGAACGUAA